AGUAGGGUUUGUAUUUCCCUGCCCCCACCGGCCUCACAUACUCUUUCUCCUCUCUUCUCGUCUCUGUUCUCCGCAGAAGAGAGAGAAAAUCCACGCACCUCUCCUCUCUUCUCCGCCAAACUCACCUUCUUUCUAUUUCUUCAAAAAUCAAUCCUUUACUUUUCUCUCUAUAAUCAUAUUAUUAUUAUUAAAUUUUCCUUAGUAUCUGUUCUAUAUAGGAGUCAAUCUUGAUUCAGCAGGUAUUAUUGUAGCUGAAUCUAAUUUGGUUUGGGCGGUGGAGAUUUUGUCUGCGAGUGAAAGAUCGAGGUAUGCAGCAAGGUGAUCAAACGGUGUUGAGCUUGAGACCUGGUGGUGGUCGAGGGAGCAGACUCUUUAAUCCACGCUUGGAGUCCUCCUCUUCUUCUGCACUUUCUUCUUCUUCUAUCUCUUUUGGUGAUCUCCCUCUUUUGCGUCCUCAUGGCGGUGCUCCUCUAAAGACUGGAGACUCAAGAUUUGAGACUCAUGACCGAGUGAGGUACACAAGAGACCAGCUGGUGCAACUCAGAGAGGCUGUUGUGAUAUCUGAUGAGAUCUUAAAAAUCAAACGAGAAAUUGAAGGUGAGCUUUUUGGUGAAGAUCAAAGCUGGGGUCGUGGAGAAAUCAAUACACCAAAUCAGUCUCAAAGUCGUUAUUCAGAGCCAGACAAUCGUGAUUGGCGUGGUCGUACUGCACAAUUUUCUUCAUCUGGAGAGGAGAGGUCCUGGGAUUCUCUUCGAGAAAACAGGGACUUGGGAGGGCGAUAUGACUCCAGACAGCCUGAUACAAGUCAAUUUAAUCGUCAGGACCAACUCAAUUCCCAAUUUGCAAGAGCACAAAUCUCCUCCAAUCAAUCGGGGGGUCCUGCUCCAGCUUUAGUGAAGGCUGAGGUUCCAUGGUCAGCUAGAAAGGGGAAUCUAUCUGAUAAGGAACGAGUCUUGAAGACUGUAAAAGGUAUAUUGAACAAGCUUACCCCUGAGAAAUUCGAUCUUCUCAAGGGUCAACUUAUUGACUCUGGCAUUACAUCAGCCGAUAUUUUAAAGGGUGUGAUCCAGCUUAUAUUUGAGAAGGCUGUGCUGGAGCCUACAUUUUGUCCUAUGUAUGCUCAGCUGUGCUCUGAUCUAAAUGAAAAGCUCCCUCCAUUCCCAUCAGAAGAACCAGGUGGGAAAGAAAUCACAUUCAAGCGAGUUCUCCUGAAUAACUGCCAGGAGGCAUUCGAGGGAGCUGACAAGUUGAGACAGGAAGUUCGGCAGAUGACAGCUCCAGAGCAGGAGCUUGAACGCAGGGAUAAAGAAAGAUUGGUCAAGCUUCGUACCCUUGGAAACAUCCGUUUGAUUGGAGAGCUCCUGAAGCAGAAGAUGGUUCCUGAGAAGAUUGUUCAUCACAUUGUUAAGGAACUUUUGGGGCCUGAUACCAAAAUUUGUCCUGCUGAAGAAAAUGUUGAGGCCAUAUGUCAGUUCUUUAACACUAUUGGGAAGCAACUUGAUGAGAGUGCGAAAUCGCAACGUAUAAAUGAUAUAUACUUCCUUCGAGUGAAGGAACUUUCAUCAAACCCUCAGCUGGCUCCCCGACUUAGGUUCAUGAUUCGUGAUGUUCUCGAUCUGCGUGCGAACAACUGGAUCCCUAGACGUGAAGAGGUCAAAGCCAAAACCAUCACUGAGAUACAUUCUGAGGCUGAGAAAAAUCUUGGAUUGCGUCCAGGUGCUACUUCAAGUAUUAGAAAUAAUCGUGGUGUUAUUUCUGCUGCUCCAGGGACUGCUGGCCCUGGGGUCUUUCCCAUUAACCGACCUGGUGCAGGGGGUAUGAUGCCCGGCAUGCCAGGAACUAGGAGGAUGCCUGGAAUGCCUGGAAUGGAUAAUGAUAAUUGGGAGGUACCCAAGACCCGCUCAAUGCCAAGGGGUGAUGGAUCAACUAUGCAGCAUACAGGACGUGUCUCAUCACCAAUGUACAAUAAGUCAACAUCUCUUAACACAAGGCUGUUACCUCAGGGUAGUGGUGGGUUUAUAGGUGGAAAGAGUAGUGCCCUCUUGCAAGGAAGUAGUGGCCCUUCUCCUCGCCCUUACGGUGUUGGUUCGGGCAAUGAGCUUCCUGCUCAAGUCCCUGCACCUGCUAAAACUUCACCUGCUCCUUAUGUUGCUCCCUCUGUUGAGAAACCAGCGGCUUCAGCUGUAAGCUUAAAUCCCGAGGAACUUGGGAGGAAAACUGUAUCACUUUUGAAGGAAUAUUUCAAUGCACGACUUCUGGAUGAAGCGUUACAGUGUGUGGAGGAACUGAAGUCUCCAACCUACCAUCCUGAAGUUGUGAAGGAAGCCAUCUCCCUUGCCUUGGAGGAAAACCCACCAUGUGUAGAAUUAGUUGCCAAACUUCUUGGAUAUUUGUUGUCCAAGAACGUUAUCACAGCUAGAGACAUAGGUACUGGGUGCUUGCUCUAUGGUUCGUUGUUAGAUGAUAUUGGCAUUGAUCUGCCAAAAGCACCUAACAAUUUUGGUGAAAUAAUUGGCAAACUAGUUUUGGCUGGGGGAUUGGACUUUAAAGUGGUGAAAGAGGUCCUUAAGAAGAUGGAAGAUGAUAGAUAUCAGAAAGCUGUAUUCGAUGCAGCAAUGGGGACUGUUAGUUAUAGUCCAAAUCCACAAGUUAUAUUAGAUUCACAGGAAUCUUAUAUUGAGGAUUGCAAGAGUUUGUUUUAGUAAGUGUAGAAUUCUAUUGCGCGAAAUACUUGAGCAUCUGUAUCCACUUGAACUUUUGUGCUUUCUUUCGCAUCAUAAUGCCCUGUCCAAAACCUUUGAGGCGAGCAACUUGUACUAUUGUGAUAAGGUGGAGCUGCCAAGAACAGGUCAAUUUUUUUUUUCUCCUUUUUCAGAGUCAUAUUUUUCCUCAAGGUCAUAGUUGUGUGUUAUUGAGCAAAGAAAUGAACACUAUAAUGCUGUGGAUUUUGUUCUCGAGCCUGGCUAAUUAUUUGCCUAAUUGCUUGGGAAUGGUGGCCCUUUCAUGGGAUCCAGCUGUUUUGUAUUGAUUAGUUUUGACGAUCUCCUUUUCUCAUACUCGACAAUUUAGUUUAUUGUUUA